CCAAGCCCUCCCGGCGCUGCUGGGAAGCAGACGAUUCCCCUCGUUCUUGGUUCCUCCCAACCGUCGCCGGUCCUCAGCGCCCUCCACGUCCGCCCCGCUCCGCACGUCGCGCACCCCCGGUCGCAGCCCGCGAAUGGUCUGGCCCUCGGUAGCCACCACCCCCUUCGGCAGCGACAGCUGCUCCAGCUGCUCCGGGUGGAGCGCCCGAAGCCCCGAGCCGUGGCUGCUUAGGGCGGCGGGCGGGCGGAGGGGAGCACCGGACCACCAGCGCAGGCUGCCGGGCCCGGGAGCAACCGCCCGCGGGAAACCGGGAAGCGGAGGGGCGGCAGAGGGACCGCCUGCAGCGGGCAGGAGAGGACCGGGGCUGGGCUUCCCUCACGUCGACUAUAUCCUGAACCUUGGUGAGGCAUCUCGCAGUCCAGUCUGUUUAACUACACGGAGGAUGGCAGAACUGAAUUGUUUUCAUUUUUUAAGGUACAAUUCAAAUGUGGUCUACUUUAUGAAGUCGUCACCUUCCUCCCCGCCAACCACUGCCCCCCUCCUUAAUGAGAAGUCCCUUUUCUCUGUGUUCUGUUGGUACUUUCUCAUCCCGUAACUUCAGUGUCCUGAAAUCUGAGAAUUCCUCCAAGAUAAUAUGAUAGGAACUUUCAGUGAUUUGGAGCCACAUCGUACUUAGACUAAUGCAAGCCUUCCAGAUUUCCUGAGAGUGUGGUACGACAGCGCACAGUGUAAUAGGCACAGGAAAUAAUGCCAUCUUUGCCUCAAGAAAGGGUUAUUCAGGGACCCUCUACCUUGGAUCUGAAUACAGAAUUGCCUUAUCAAAGCACAAUGAAAAGGAAAGUCAGAAAGAAGAAAAAGAAGGGAACCAUUACAGCCAAUGUUGCCGGGACUAAGUUUGAAAUUGUUCGUUUAGUAAUAGAUGAAAUGGGAUUUAUGAAAACUCCAGAUGAGGAUGAAACAAGUAACCUUAUAUGGUGUGAUUCUGCGGUUCAGCAGGAGAAGAUUGCAGAGCUGCAAAAUUACCAGAGGAUCAACCAUUUUCCAGGAAUGGGAGAGAUCUGUAGAAAGGAUUUCUUAGCAAGAAAUAUGACCAAAAUGAUCAAGUCCCGACCUCUGGAUUAUACCUUUGUUCCUCGAACGUGGAUCUUCCCUGCUGAAUAUACGCAAUUCCAGAACUACAUGAAAGAAUUGAAGAAAAAAAGAAAGCAGAAAACUUUUAUAGUAAAACCAGCUAAUGGUGCAAUGGGUCAUGGGAUUUCUUUGAUAAGAAAUGGUGAUAAACUUCCAUCUCAGGAUCAUUUAAUUGUUCAAGAAUACAUUGAAAAGCCUUUCCUAAUGGAAGGUUACAAGUUUGAUUUACGAAUUUAUAUUCUGGUAACAUCAUGUGAUCCACUGAAAAUAUUUCUCUACCAUGAUGGACUUGUGCGAAUGGGAACAGAGAAAUACAUUCCACCUAAUGAGUCCAAUUUGACCCAGUUAUACAUGCAUCUAACAAACUACUCUGUGAACAAACACAAUGAGCGUUUUGAAAGGGACGAGACUGAAAACAAAGGCAGCAAACGUUCCAUCAAGUGGUUUACAGAAUUCCUACAAGCAAAUCAACAUGAUGUUGCUAAGUUUUGGAGUGAUAUUUCAGAGUUGGUUGUAAAGACUUUGAUUGUAGCAGAGCCUCAUGUCCUGCAUGCAUAUCGAAUGUGCAGACCUGGUCAACCUCCAGGAAGUGAAAGUGUCUGUUUCGAAGUCCUGGGAUUUGAUAUUUUAUUGGACCGAAAACUAAAGCCGUGGCUUCUGGAGAUUAAUCGUGCUCCAAGCUUUGGAACUGAUCAGAAAAUAGACUAUGAUGUAAAAAGGGGAGUGCUGCUAAAUGCACUAAAGCUACUAAACAUCAGGACCAGUGAUAAAAGGAGAAACUUGGCCAAACAAAAGGCUGAAGCUCAAAGGAGGCUUUAUGGUCAAAAUUCAAUAAAAAGGCUCUUACCAGGUUCCUCAGACUGGGAACAGCAGAGACAUCAGUUAGAGAGGCGGAAAGAAGAGUUGAAAGAGAGACUCGCUCAAUUACGAAAGCAGAUUUUAAAAGAGGAACAUGAAAAUCGGCAUAUGGGGAAUUAUAGACGAAUUUAUCCUCCUGAAGAUAAAACUCUGCUUGAAAAGUAUGAGAAUUUGUUGGCUGUUGCCUUCCAGACCUUCCUUUCAGGGAGAGCGGCUUCAUUCCAGCGAGAGCUGAAUAAUCCUUUGAAACGGAUGAAGGAAGAAGAUAUUUUGGACCUCUUGGAACAAUGUGAAAUUGACGAUGAAAAAUUGAUGGGCAAAACUGCCAAGCCUCGAGGACCAAAGCCUCUGUCCUCCAUGCCUGAGAGCUCUGAGGUAAUGAAAAGACAGAAAUACUACAGCAGUGACAGCAGUUAUGACAGCAGCAGUGGCGCUUCGGAAUCUGAGGACAAUGAGAAAGAAGAGUACCAAAAUAAGAACAGAGAAAAGCAAGUUGUGUAUAACCUUAAACAGUCCAACAACUACAAAUUAAUUCAACAAUCCAGCUCCAUUAGGCGUUCAGUCAGUUGCCCCCGGUCCAUCUCUUCUCAAUCACCUUCCAGCGCGGACAACCGCCCCUUUUCUGCUCAACAAAUGAUACCAGCAUCCCGGCCAACUUCAGGGUCUCGGUCCCAUUCUUUAAACCGUGCCUCCUCCUACAUGAGGCAGCUGCCUCACGCUAAUGAUGCCGGCUCUCCUAACUCCCAGUUGAGUGAGUCUUUGCGGCAACUGAGAACAAAGGAACAAGAAGACGAUCUAACAAGUCAGACCUUAUUUGUCCUCAAGGACAUGAAGAUCCGGUUUCCAGGAAAAUCAGAUGCAGAAUCAUUACUUCUGAUAGAAGAUAUCAUUGAUAACUGGAAGUAUCAUAAAACAAAAGUGGCUUCAUAUUGGCUCAUAAAACUGGACUCUGUAAAACAACGGAAAGUUUUGGACAUAGUAAAAACAAGUAUUCGUACAAUUCUUCCACGUAUCUGGAAGGUACCUGAUGUUGAGGAAGUAAGUUUAUAUCGGAUUUUCAACCGGGUUUUUAAUCGCUUACUCUGGAGUCAUGGCCAAGGACUGUGGAACUGUUUCUGUGAUUCAGGAUCCUCUUGGGAGAGUAUUUUCAGUAAAAGCCCGGAGGUGGUGACUCCUUUGCAGCUGCAGUGUUGCCAGCGCCUGGUUGAACUCUGUAAGCAGUGCCUGCUAGUGGUUUACAAAUAUGCAGCUGACUCAAGAGGGUCACUCUCAGGCGUUGGCACUGAUUGGGGUAAUUCCAGGUAUUUAUUACCAGGAAGUACACAAUUCUUCAUGAGAACACCAGCCUACACCUUGAAAUACAGUUCACCUGGAAUGACUCGCUCCAAUGUUUUGUUUACAUCCCGAUAUGGCCAUUUGUGAAACAGAAAGGAAGAUUGCCAUGGAUUAUGCAUAAUAGCAAUUCAUUUUUUCCCUCCAAUUUAAACAUGCAAAGAAAGUGACCAUUAAGUGCUGUUUUAUGUAUAUAGGACAUAUAUGUGUGAAAAUAUAUACACGUGCACUCAACACAUAUAUAUUUAUUAUAAUAUAUGAAAGAAGAAUUAGUAGAAAACUGGAUAUAAGACUUAACCUUUCUGGAAAUGUAAUAAACCAUGUUAAAUUGUUUACACAAAUAUGUGAAUGUCUAGAAUUUGCUAGGUUUAUAAUUAAUACCUUCCUACUAGAAAUGUUAUUUUUGCUGCAGAGUAUAUAAAACAGAAUUGAUCUUGAAGAUCCCAUUUCAAUGUUAAAUUAUUUUCUAGAUAACACUUCUUUUGACUUGAAAAAGCAUUAAUAGUAUAACACCUUAUUAAUCCUCUUAUAUAUAGUAGCCAUUUCAAAUGAAAAACAAAGCUAGAAGCCUGGUGUUGAUGAUAGGAUUAAAUGUAAAACGGGUUUAUCAUUACUAUAGCACAGUGCAGAGUACUAUAAAAAUCUCAACCUGAUUUCCCCAAUAUUUUUAUUCCUCUGUGUGGAAAUGAAGCUACUUGUGAUAAUGUACAUUUUCAGUAAGGCUUUAGUAAGAUCAUACAGUGAUCUAAAAUGGAAGACAAUCCAGUGAGUUAAAAGAAAACAAAACGUGAACUAGCUUUUAUUUUCUACUUUUCAUUGGGAGUCACAUAAAGGAACAGAACAUGAUGGUAAUAAUAAAAUCUUUCCAUCUGAUUUUUGUAUUUCAUACCGUUCACUUUUAUUUGAAAGCAUAUCUCCAGUGGGUACGUAUGGUCAAAUACAAUUUCUUCUGUUCUUCAGAAGUCGAAGAGUUGACAUUUUAAACUCAUUUUGCUGUUAUAGGAUAAUGUCUCACACUUAUUUCAUAAGUCUCUUAAUGUUGAGACCAGCUUACACUGUAAAGUCUAAUAUAGAGUUUCACACUGCAGCAUAGAAAAUAAUCUAAUUAUUGCAAACAGAAGAUUCUGAUUGCUAGAUAUUAUUAGUCAUGGAUGUACCCUUGAGAAUUUUCUAAAAUCAAAAUAGAGGAUGCAGUUUUCUUUGUGUCUGAAGUUAUUAUGCAUACAUUUCAUAGCAAUUUACUUCCUUUUCUUGCUUAUAGUUUCAAAAACAAUGAGUGAGCUUUCAGCUUUCUAUAAAAAUAUAAACAGCACUAUCAUUGACAUGGAAAUCUUUUAGAAAUUACAAUAUUCAUCUUUCAGCAGUUUGUUUAAACUUCUCCCAACAGUCUUAUUUUCUCAUAGAUGCUAAUUAUAGGUAAAAUUUAGGAAUGUUUUACCUUUUAUUGUCCUAGAAACUACUUCCAAUAAAUCAAGAAAUGGCCCCAAAGCAGGAGAACCAAGAGAAGCAAACUGUCCUAGUUUAAUUUGCAAAAAAAGGAUAAUUGGUGACCUAAAGUUAUAAGUUAGAUAUAUUUUGCUUUUAAAGCCAUAUUCUGAGGCUGUCAUAGGCUAAAACAGGUCUUCCCUUAAAUUAUCACUACUUGAUUCUUUAUGACUACUUAACAUCCGUAUUCCAAUAGAUACUUUUCCUUGCUAAAUGCAUCCCAAAGAAGAAUUUGUUACUGUCUUUGGUGAAAAAGAGGAUAAGGAUGUCAGGAUAAAGGAAAUUCCAGUGUAACUCUGAGUGUUUGUGACUCCAUUUUGUGAAUUCUUAAAUAUAUUACAGAUUUCUUAGAAUAAGUAAUGCAAAAAUUGGGAUAUUACAAGAUUAUUGUAAGAGUGAUAAGCAAGUAGGUCUUUUCAUGAAGUAUUUUAAAUAAUUUUUCUUUUAAAUUCAUGAUCUAUCCAUGAAUGAUACAUAAUUUCAAGUGUCUGGUAUUUGAUAUCUAUCCAGUUUGUUGGUCACUCACUUGUAUUAAUUUAAAUCAAAAAUGGUUGUUUAGUAUGCUAGAGUGGGUGCUUUGGGACUUCUGUCUUUAGUGAUAAAAGAGUGAAAUUUUAUUUAAAACAAAAAAGAAGACCGUUCAACAUGGGGAUGAAACCUCUCCCCCUGGAAAACACACACACACACACACACACACACACACACACACACACAACAUUUAAGAACCUUUGAAAAAUAAAUUAAAAUGUGUGAAACUACCCAACUAAUUAAUGAACAAAUUUCAUUUCUCUAGCUACUUACAUCUGGCUUUUUUUGAGCACUAGAAUUUUCUUGCUCACAUUUUCAUAUUUAUACUGAUCUAGUUUGAUGUGAUAAAGUUGUGAAUAAAAGCCAUGUGCUCAUUAUUUAUAUAUAUUACCUGGUAUGCUGUAGACUAUGGUUGCUAUAGUGCUUAUUCCCUAAUGAGAAACUAAGAAGAGAAGAUUCAGUUGUAAACCAUGAAAGUCUCUUGAGGCCAUAGAAAUGUUUUAGAGGUAUAAAAUAUUCCUUAGUUUUUAUUAUAAAUUUUUUAUUUGUAAGGUGAAAACAUAUCAAUGUAAGUGAUAGCAUGGGUCUGAUUCUCUCUCUCUUCCAGAAGAGAAGGUAAUUUUAUUUGAAAAACUUCAGAAGUUAUUCAAUAUUACCAGGAAUUUUAAUAGGGAAUUUGGUUUACUUAAGAUUAAAGUGUAUUUUUAUUCUGUUAUAAAAAAAAAAUAUCCCUACUCAUUCUGUAAAUCUAAGAUUGGAAUGCUUUCCAGAACUGUAUAUGAUUGCAAUAAUUUCCAGAAUUAUAUAAAAAGCAACCUUUAUUUUAAAUCUCAUCUAUGAACAUGGUAUGAGAUGGCAGAUUUGUUUUCACUUUAAUUAUCCAGCAUUGUAAUUAGUUACCAUUUGCUUUAUGUAAUCUGUUGAAGGAACUGUUGUGAUUCAUAUUAUGUUUAUUUUUACUAGCAACAAAUUUUAUUUUACUAGCAUUUCAUUUACCUUGCAUGUAUAAAAACGAAGUUAUAACAGGAUCAAAUAUGGAAAUAACCUCUGCCAGAUGCAAAGAUUUAUACAGAUUUUUUCAUAUGUCUAAAUUAGGUCUGAAUACACAAAAAUAGCCUACUAAUUCCUCCUCCCUAAAACUAAAUGAACCAAACCCAGACAAACAAACAAACAAAAAAACCCCGAACUUUCUUUAGAGGAAUAUUUACAGACAACUGGAUGAUAGAGGCUUCUAGACAUCAAGGACUUCAUUCUAAUUCUCUUUUUUAAUUUGGAAAGCAUAUGAGUGUAGAAUUUUGUUAUCUAACUUGAAAUUCAUAUUUUAAUAUAAAUAAAUCCAAAUGCUUUCAUCUUUAGCAUGUCAAAGCCAUUCUAUGUAAAAAUUCUUUUUAAAUCUAAACAUACACAUAUUUGGCCUUUUCAAAUGUAGCAAAAAAUUGAUAGUUGCAUAAACUCUAUUAUUUCUAGGUUUCUGCAAAGCACUGAUUCAUUCUUAAAUGUGUUUUCUUUAAAAAAUAAUAGCAAUUACCUCGAGAAGAGUGACAGAAAAUACCUUCCUUUUCUGUUCUGUAAUGCUAAUUUACAUUUUAAGUCUUAGGUUACCUGGUUCUAAGGGUUAAGCAAUAAAAAGUGUAACUUCAGUUAGUUGUGUUGCUGUGAUCUAAUGAUUUUGAAAAUUGGCUUUUCUCUUUAAAUUGAGAAAUUUAUGUUUUCAAGUUCUGAAUUAGUUAUCUAAAUAUUUUGGGUUAAUACUAUUUACAAAUAAAUAAAAAAUUUGGAAAUAUAUUCAUGAUCAAAAUUUUAUUCCUUACACUGCUUUUUCUUUCUUUCUUUUUUCUUUCCUUCACAUCCUCCUCCUCUUCUUCACUUUAACCUUUGAAGUUUUGACCUUUGAUCAACAAAGUCCAGAAAGGAUAAAUCCUGCCUUUUAAAUGUUGGUUUUUCCUUGCAUUUUAUGGUGGUGUAUUUUUACCUCAACAACAAUAAAACUUAGAUAAAAUGUGUUAUUGGAUCAAGUUCAGUUAGUCUGCUGAGACUUUUAGGAACCAAGUUUCUGUGCCUAAAAACACUAAUUGUCUAGACUAUUUGAACCAAGAUACAUGGCUACAAAUAACAGUCUUAGAACCCAAAAGUCAUAUAUGAAAACUUAUUGCACUCUUUGAGAUUGCUGCCCUUCUUUUGGUGAUUUUUUGCCUUGUCAUAAGUGGGUAUAUGGUAUAUUAAAGAACUAUUCAGGUAACAUAUUUUGUAUUAACUGGGCUGUACUGUCUCAGGAGGGCUACAUAAAACUUUUAUUUUAUCCCCACCACUAACUUGAAAACUAUUGGUAAAGUCAUUGCUCAAUAGACUAAUAUUUUUUAAAUUAAUAAGAAGACUUACCUUGCAAAGUAAUCAGAUAAUGCUGAUAUUUUUCUUUCAAAGUUUAACAAUGGCAGUUCUUGGUCCUGAGCUGGUUGUUUCAUAUGAUUACUACUGUACAUGCUACAAUAUCAACUAUUAAUAGAUUUGUUGAAGAUUCUGGGUUUCAAGAUUAGCUUGAAAGCAAUACAUUUACUACCAUGAAUCAUGACUCAAAUUAUCCCCAUGUGUUAACUACCUGUAUAUGAAUGCAAAUGUUGUUAUAGAAAAUAUGCUUGAAAUGUCAACACAAUGUGCAAUUAAUAUUGCAUUGUCAUGCUUCAGCAUGUGAUAUCUGUAUGGUGAAGUUAUUUCAAUUACUAUAAUAAAAAUGUUUAACAUAA